AUGGCGGACGGAUGUGUACAGGGACUGAGUGUCCGUGAUGAAGAUGAGGCAUUGGGGACCGGGGAACCAAAAGUCAUGCAGGAGGUCGAGUGCGUGGGUGGUGUCCCGAAUGUAUGUGGGGAAAUCCUAGACCAAGGGGGAAAGGACGGUGUCAAGAUGGCAGAAGGCAUACCAUGUACUCAUGAAGACAUCAUAAAAUUACUUGAAGAUACACGGGUUGAAUUAGAAGAAAUGUUAAAUGAGUUGGAGAUGUUGUCAGUGCAAGCAACUUGUAUGACCUAUGACAUAGUUAUCCUACGUACAGACCCUUCCGUUGUGGAAUCAAUGAUGCGAUUGAAUGAAGCAUAUCUGAACUGCAAAGAGUCAGUGGCAAAGGACUACAUGGAAAUGCUAACUGAACCUAAAAAAAAUGAGUCAGAAACUGUUUGACACAAAAAAAAGCAUAAUCAUUUAAAUUUUGCAUUCUGUAUUCUGCCAUUUUUGACUCACUAAUGUUGUUACUUAUUCAGUGGAUCCAGCACUAUUCAACUUGGUG